AUGGAGUGGGAAGGCGACGAGAAGGAGCUGAAGGCGGCCGGCGCGGUGGCCCUCGGCGGUGGGCGCGUCGGAUUUCUCAUUCGCGGUUGGGAGAUCGAGUCUCGCAAGCGUCCUAUUCUUAGCUCCUCCCUUGUCCACGAGUGGGAAGAGAAGCUUCAGACAUCGCACUUGCCAGAGAUGGUUUUUGGGGAAAGUUGUUUGGUUCUCAAGCAUGUGAGUAGUGGCGUAAAUGUACAUUUUAAUGCAUUUGAUGCUCUAUCUGGCUGGAAGCAGGAAAGGUUGCCUCCGGUUGAAGUUCCAGCAGCUGCAAAGUGGAAAUUUCGAUGCAAGCCUGAUGAUCAGGUGAUACUGGAUUAUGACUAUACAUUCACUACACCAUACUGUGGAAGUGCAGAUGUCGAAAAACAUGCUGAGGUGUCAGGAGCACCAGUGGAAAGCAGCUGCAAUACUAAUUGGGUAGACUGCCAGGAAAAAAUUGAUAAGAUUGCAUUGGCGUCUAAAGAACCCAUUCUUUUCUAUGAUGAGGUUGUAUUGUAUGAAGAUGAAUUGGCUGACAACGGUGUCUCUCUUUUGACUGUUAAAGUGAGAGUGAUGCCGAGUGGCUGGUUCCUCCUCUUGCGCUUCUGGCUCAGAGUUGAUGGAGUGCUUAUGAGAUUGAGGGAAACUCGUAUGCAUUGUACUUUUGGGGACAAUAAAGAGACAAUUGUUCUCCGAGAAAGCUGCUGGAGAGAAGCCACCUUUAAGGGCUUAUCAUCCAAAGGAUAUCCUACUGAUGCUGCUGCGUAUAAUGAUCCCGGUGUCAUUGGAGACAGGCUACCAGUUGUCGUGCGCAAGACCCAAAAGCUUGUUAUCAGAUAA